AAAGAGCAGGGAGAGAGCGAGAGAAAGAGCGAGAGAAAGAGAAGGGAGAGCGCUAGAGCGAGUGAGACGCUGACACUGAGAGAGACGCACCCUGUAAAAGAGGCAGAGUCAACAGCUACAGCAACAGAGCUCCCUUUCUCUCUCACACACAGAGAGAACCAGACCCAUUCCAGGGGAGACGGUGAGCACACACCCCCACUGAGGAGCACCGUCUCUUGGGAGGAGAUCCCACACCCCGCCCCUCCUCCGUCUGUGUUUUUGCAAAAAAACUGGAAGAGAGACGUAGAAGAGAGUGAAGGAAGGAGGGAUGAGUGGCUUGUUUGGCACAGCUGCUGAUGCUAGAGGCUGAGAACGAGGGACGCUGACGAAGAGAAAGAGAACCAGGGAUCUGAAGACCAGAGGAUUGGAGGAGAGGAAGACUGGCACGUGUAGAGCUGCUCAAACAUACGGACAGAGACAAGAGAGGGACACAGUGUCGGGGAACACACACAUCACACGCACAAACAUCACAUCACAUCACACACACACAGGCACCGAUGAGGAGGGAACAGGGACCACGCUUCAGUCCUGGGUGUGUGGUAAACUGACCCGGCCUGUGAUAGGCUAGGAGUCAGCACUGACCCAGCCUGUGAUAGGCUAGGAGUCAGAUCAGGACCACCAGGGCCAUGACUGGCUCCCCGGGCACCAGUGGGCAGUCCCUGUCGCCAUGGCGGUGGCUGAGUCUCUGGGGGCCGGUCCUGCUGCUGGUUACCAUGACAACCCUACUGCCAGGUUGUUGCCAGGCAUGCCCUCCUCGGUGCGAGUGCUCAGCCCAAAUCCGGUCCGUCUUGUGCCAGCGGCGGCGCCUCACCGGCAUCCCAGAGGGCAUCCCCACGGAAACUCGCCUCCUGGACCUCAGCCGGAACCGGCUCCGCUGGGUGGAGAUGGGUGACCUGGCGCCAUAUCCGCACCUUGAAGAAGUGGACCUGAGUGAGAACCUCAUUGCCACACUGGAGCCCAACGCGUUCGCCAACCUGCAGAGCCUCCGGGUGUUACGGCUGAGGGCGAACCAGUUGAAGCUUGUACCCAUGGGGGCCUUCGCCAAGCUGGUCAACCUGACCACGCUGGACCUGAGUGAGAACAAGCUGGUGAUUCUGUUGGACUACACCUUCCAGGACCUGAGGAGUCUAAGACACCUGGAGGUGGGAGACAACGACCUCGUCUACAUCUCUCAUGAGGCCUUCUCUGGCCUGCUAGGGGUGGAGGAUCUGACCAUUGAACGCUGCAACCUGACUUCCAUCUCUGGCCAGACGCUGUCCUACCUACGCAGCCUGGUCACUUUGCGACUACGCCAGCUCAGCAUCCCCACCCUGGAGGACCAGAACUUCCGCAAGCUGGCCAACCUGCGGGGACUGGAGAUCGACAACUGGCCCUACCUGGAAUACAUCUCCCCCCUGAGCUUCCAGGGUCUGGACCUGUACUGGCUGUCCAUCACCAACAGCAACAUCACCUCCGUCCCCUCGUCCUCCUUCAGAAACCUGAUCCACCUCACCCAUCUCAACCUGUCCUACAACCCCAUCACCACCCUGGAGCCUUGGGCAUUCAGGGACCUGCUGAGGCUCAAAGAGCUGAUCAUGGUGAACACGGGCCUGGCUACAGUGGAGCCCCACUCCCUGGGAGGCCUCAGACAGAUCCGGGUCCUCAACUUCUCCUCCAAUGACCUCCAGACCCUGGAGGAGGGAUCGUUCCACUCUGUCAACAGCCUGGAGACGCUGCGGGUGGAUGGGAACCCGCUGCUGUGUGACUGCCGUUUGUUGUGGAUCCUGCAGAGACGCAAGACCCUCAACUUUGACGGCAGGGUGCCUGUGUGCGCUGGGCCGGUGGAGGUGCAGGGGAACAGCCUCAGCACCUUCACCGACUCAGCGCUCUUUGAUCACUUCACCUGCCAGAAGCCCAAGAUACGCAACCGCAAGCUUCAACAGGUGACGGCUCGUGAGGGCCAGCCAGUGAGUUUCCUCUGCAGUGCCGUGGGAGAGCCUGCCCCUAACAUCAUGUGGAUCUCCCCUCAGCGCCGACUAAUCACAGCCAAGAGCAAUGGCCGCAUCACCGUCCUCCCAGGAGGGACGUUGGAGAUCCGCUAUGCCCAGGUCACCGACAGCGGCACCUACAUGUGCAUCGCCAGCAAUGCUGGGGGCAAUGACACUUACUUCGCGAUGCUCACGGUCCGGGGUGCGCCGCUGGAUGCCUCAUCGGCCUUCUUCGCCAACCGCUCUAUGUACGGCGGCGAGUUCUUCAACGACACAAACCUGAAUAGCACUCGCGUCUUCCUCAAGUUCACCCUGGACCUGACCACCAUCCUGGUCUCCACAGCGAUGGGCUGCAUCACCUUCCUGGGCGUGGUGCUCUUCUGUUUCCUGUUGUUGUUUGCAUGGAGCCGGGGGCGGGGCCAGCGUAAGAACAACUUCACCGUCGAGACCCCUUUCCGGAAGGCCGAGGGGCCGGCGGCGGUGGGUGGCGCCGGAGGGGCCCGGAAAUUCAACAUGAAGAUGAUAUGAUACAACGCAGCCAGGGGUGACUCAGGGGAGGCAUAAGCACGUCCUGGAAACGUGUUUGACAAGACACACACAGCGCUGAAUCACAGAGUAAAUAAAGAAAUAAAAAUAAAAUGCAUACAGUAUUCACACAUGGCUGGUAUUCACCAGGACCAGAUUCGGUUUGAGUGGAAAAAAACAUGAUGACCUUUGACCUCACGGCCUCCUACUGGUUUUACUCAGCUCGUGGUCCCACGUUCCGUUUAUAUUUUCAAACAAAUAUAACAUUGUCAUUAACCAGGUUUCCAUCCAACCCGUUUAUGCGAGUAAAGUACAUGUCGGAUAAAAAAAUGUCAUGCCAGGCCUGAUGGAAACAGAACAUUUGUUGGUUUCAAACUUUCCAAAUGUCGACAAAGCUAAAUACGCUAGACGAGGUGGGAUCUUUUGUGUCUGAGUCACGCGAUGACAUGUUGUGUGGUCCUCCCAGUUCUACUCGUUAGGAAAGAACGCAGUUUUUUAGGCUACAGAUGAAAUAAAUUAUAAAUGAUGAUGAACAUUCAGAGGGUGGUGAAAGUACAAGUGAUGAGCUUGAUGCUCCUUUCCAUUAAAUAUUGAGGGUCUUAUUCUGGUCACAUGAUGAUUGAUGCUUGGCUGCUGUUUGACAAAUAAAAAUAAUCUCACUCUCGUCCAUAAUAAUCUCAUCAUGUAGGCUUUACCCACAUUGUAUCUGCAAGCUGUUGGCUAGAGCGCAAGUACCAAUACACGCUAUAUAACGCACAUUUUUUGGGAUGAGAAAACCAUCAUUAGAAUUAAAAAUGCGAUGGAAAACAUGGGAAUUUAACUGCAAAAGUUGUUUUUAUGUGCGCUACUUCAUCACACACAGCCUUUUAUCCUCAACAAGUCAAUUUGAUGGAAGCACAUCUCUGGUGGGAAAAUGCACAUAUUGUUUUUAUGCAGAUUUUAGAGUAUUCACUUGAAAAUCUGCCGCCAAUUGGAUGGAAACCUAGCUACUGAGCUUGAUAACGGGAGUUUAACCAGAUCACUAAAGGGGUAUUUUGGAGGAAAAAAAUAUAACAUUACCAUUUAGCUUGAUAAGAAUUAUAGAAGUUAAGAAUUUAGUGUGAUCUCUUAUUGGGUGAUUGCUGUGCUGUGGAAUGAUCAUAGUUAUGCCUCUCUCACAGGAAGUGAAAAGGACUUCCUGGAAGCUAUGCACUUGUAGUGGUCAUUGCACACAGGGCAUAGUUCUGACUAGAGGGAGUACAGCCACGACCAGAAGUUAGGGUUAGAUAAAAAGUAACUUCUGGUUGUAGCUGGAGUCCCUUUCUUCACAGCCCAUAGAGAGACAUGUCUAUCAACUAAUCACAGCAUUUGUAGUCUUGCUUUCUUCAAUUCUGCCUUUCAGAGAAAUAUUGCAAUAGCAUGUAAGUAUUGCAAUUUAGAGUACGUUGUAUAGUAAUAAGAUUACAAUAUUGAAUAAAACAAGCCAUUUUUGUAAGACA